AUCCUUCGUACGAUGCGAAAAGGGAAGUUGAAAGAAGUGGGAGAGGGAGAUCAUCGCGGAGCCUUAUGAGAUCUAACUAGCGAACACGCUUUGAUCAGUACGACCAAUCCUGUUCCGGAGAUAUCAUUAAUUACAUUCUUGUUUUGGGGAGGUCGUUUCCACUUGUCUUUCCCAGUCGGUCAGCAUCCAGGGGGGUCGAGAGAGACCACGCAGCGCGACAUGGCAAACAGAGGCGGAGCCACACGACCCAACGGGCCCAACGCAGGCAACAAGAUCUGCCAGUUCAAACUCGUGCUGUUGGGAGAGUCGGCGGUGGGCAAGUCCAGCCUCGUGCUCCGAUUCGUCAAGGGUCAGUUCCACGAAUUCCAGGAGAGCACGAUCGGAGCUGCCUUCCUGACCCAGACGGUAUGUUUGGACGACACGACAGUCAAGUUUGAGAUCUGGGACACGGCCGGUCAGGAGCGCUACCACAGUCUGGCCCCCAUGUACUACAGAGGAGCCCAGGCCGCCAUCGUGGUCUACGAUAUCACGAACGAGGAGUCAUUCGUACGGGCGAAGAACUGGGUGAAAGAGCUGCAGAGACAAGCCAGUCCAAAUAUUGUAAUAGCUCUUGCCGGGAACAAGGCGGACCUGGCAAACAAGAGAGCGCUGGACUUCCAGGACGCACAGUCGUACGCGGACGACAACAGCUUGCUCUUCAUGGAGACGUCGGCGAAGACCUCGAUGAACGUCAACGAGAUCUUCAUGGCCAUUGCAAAGAAGCUCCCGAAGAACGAGCCGCAGGCGGCCAGCGGCAGCAGCGGCCGGACCCGGGGCGUGGACCUGACGGAGACGGCUCAGCCCACCAGCCGCCCCUGCUGCAGCAACUAACCCCCACCCCCCACACACACAUCCACACACACACACACACACAUACACACACACACACAUCCUCACACACACACAUCCUCACACCACGUGGACAUGGGGCUCCUCUGCUUCCUGACGUCAAGACCUGACCUUCAUCCUCCUCCUCCUCCUCCUCACUCCCUGGAAUAGCUAAAAGACUCUGUAUAGCUGCAUUUCUAAUAAUUUUUUUUUUUUUUUUGGAUGUUCUUUUUUUUU